CAGGUUGCCAACAGACCAUGUCUGCGCCCCAGCUGCAGUUCCGCUUUGAGUUGACUUCUUCUAUUCACCCAGAUGAUGAGGAGAUCUCUCUGGUCAUAGAGUCAGCCUGUACUCAGGGGGGAAAUACACCAAAUGACAACCAUGCUGCUGAUGCUCCUGAUGAUGACACAUUAAGUGUGGGACCUGACAUGCCUGAUCUUCCCCUGGAUGCCCCUCCUGACUCUGAAAUGACGGUGGUAACAGCAUUCACAGCGGAAGCCUCCACACCUGAGGAGGUCCGUGCUGAGGAUGAGGAGGCUGAGUCAACGCCAGAAGAGCAAGAAACUGUGGAUGAAGAGAGCACAGUGAGGGAGGAGCCCCUGUCUACAGAGCCACAAGUGGAGAAGGAGCAGGGGGAACUGGCUGAACAGCAAGAAGGGAACAGUGGAGAGGAUGGAGAAAGGGAGGAGAGGCAACAAGAAGAAGAAGAGGGGGAGCAGAGAGAAGCGUUUGCACCACAAGCUCAGGAGGAUACGACUGGAGAAGAAAAUUAUGUUGGGGAGGAAAUACAGCCAAAGCCAGACUCUGAAAAUACUGUUGAAAUAUCAACAAACAAUGGGGCUGUUACUAUUGAGGACCCCAUGGAGGGAAGCAUCACUUCCCAAAAGGCCGAUGUAGAACAAAGGGUUGCUCAUGAGGUGACAGAGGGCGGAGAAAUAAGCUGCCUCCCCUGCACCUGUGAAUCCCUCUUCUCAAACUAUAACUCUAACGCUCCUUUGCGCCGCAAAAAUCGCCCCUGCUCCCUUCCAGUGUCAGAGUUGGAGACGGUGAUCGCAUCGGCCUGCGGAGAGCCGGAGACACCCAGAUCUCACUACAUUCGGAUCCACCACCUCCUCCACAGUCUCCCCUCAGCCCAACACAGAGCUCCCAGCCAGGAGGAGGAGGAGGUCAGGGAGGGAGAGAAUACAAGCACCACUCAAGACACCACUUCCACAAAACUUAAAACCUCCAAAGAGGAGGAGGGGCUGGAGGAUGAGGAAGAGGAUGAUACAACCCUGUCUCCCUCUCAGGUCCCAGAGUGUCCCGGCACCUGCUGUCGUCGCUCCUUACCACGCAGCCUCUCCAUUGAACGCCUUUCUGAGCUAAACCAGCUCCUGGAAGGUGAUGGAGGAAGAGGAGGUCAUACAACAGUGGAGAGAGAAGAGGGGGAUUCCAGUCAUGGAGGAGGAAGAAUAGUUGGCGGUAGCACCCUCAGACAUCAGGGUGAGAACGACUGUGAAUUCUGCGACACAUCCUGCUACAGUACCUCCUGCUACAGCACUUCCUGUUACAGCACAUCAUGUUACAGCAACUCUGGCUACGAGGGUAGGAGCCACUUUUGUAGCCAUACCCGCCUGUCGUCAGUGGACAGCAACAGACUCUCUGGUAGUACGGUGUUCUCCUCCCAGGAUGAAGAUGAAGAUGAGGAAAGUGCCUUUGAGUCAGUACCUGAUAGCAGCCUCUUGCCAGAUGGCCAAAUGGUGAGCGGGGCAGGAGGAGAGAGGAGGACAGAGAUGUUGAGGGAGGCCAGGAGAGGACAGCAGGCAGAGCCAGCUGUGCCUGGGCCCAGCGCUAUAAACAACAUUG